AUGGGCAAUACAUGGAUUGGAUUACCGCAAGAGCCGCCUCCGGAAAUCGUACAUGAGGAUCAUACGCAGCUCAACAUUUCGGACUCGGCUCUUCAUCACACUGGAAAACCGAUGCUAUCCGUGCCACCGCAUAACGCGGCCCCGGUGAUCCCAACUCCGUAUGAACAGCUCCCCUCCACGUCCCAGCCCUACUAUUCCCAGCCGGGCACUCCACAGCCGAUCUAUAACCUCACACCGACCAGACCAACUGUCAGCUCUCCACUGCCGCGCCCACCAUCACGAGUCAGCCAACUACGCGGAAAUGCAGGCAAUAUGGGUAGCGCCCGGGUGCAGGCCUGGGCUCAACCGUAUCCGAAUCAAGCCAGCUACCCAUCAUCCCCGGCUGCAUCGGUAAUCUCCCAUCGCUCGGAUAUGAAUAUGUCAACGAUUUCCUACCAAACCAACUACAGCCAACUCCCUGAACAAAUACGCGCCCUCGCUCCUCAUAUACAUGUCCCGUCCUACGUUCCACAAACAAGUCAUGCCGCCCAGCCGUCACCGAGCGAAAAUGUCGACCCGGUGACCCAACAAAGAGUCUGGCAAGAAGCCGAACUAAUCAAAAAGGAACUCCUAGGACCGCGCCUUCCACACUUGAUUCGAGAUGAAAACUUUUGGAAGAAAAUGUUAGCCCUGCUGACGAGACCUGAAUUUCUGUGCUGCGGCCAAUUGGUGAAGGAAACUUAUGCGUUGUUGAUUGACCGGCCACGUGCUGCUGGACCAGAGUUCGCCGAGCCCUUCCUAUGGUUUCUGGAUAAACUGAUGAAAGCAGGCCAACCACAGGAAGCGAUCCUCAUGAUCCUUUACCAAGAUCAAAAGCGCAUGCAGUGGUUGAUGGGCUUAGCGGAUAAUCUGUGCGCGCUCAGCAUUCUGAACAUGAUCUCCCUAGGGACGAACGAGGUGAAUAAAUACCUGAUCGCAAUCAUGAGACGUUCUCCGGGAUUUGGCGCCGCCGUUUGUCGUAAAGUUGUUACGCAACAGCAUCUUCUUGUUGUCUACAACAAUCUUUCCUUCAUUAGUCAGCUGCUUUCCAGGAAUAGACCGAUGGCGGAUGAGAUCAACCGCGAACGUCUGUAUAUUCGUAUUGCCAACUUUGUAUUGGAUGAAAGUGCUUUCGUGAAUUUUCGCACUAAUCACGACUGUGUGAAGAAGGAAACGAAAUAUGUGCACUCCUUGUUGAGAAUAUUAAAGAAACUACUGGAACAAAGUUCCGAUGGUUCGGAAAUCACGCGGGCUUUAGUGGAAAUCGGCUUCGUUGAGAGGGGAAUUCAACGAAUCGUGCAACUAGGCGGUGAUGUGUACGCCUGCGGAAUGUGGAUUAUUAGCAGGAUCGCCACGACAAACGUAUUAGAACGUAUGGAUCUGGAGAGCUGUCUAAAGGGGAUUCCGAAGGCGUUCGAGGACACGAGUCUGCUGAACAACGAGCAUGCCCAGAAUGACACGCUCGCCUUUUUGAUGAAUGCGAUGGCAAAAUCCGGUGCGCCGGGAUCUGCGGAGAAGGCAAAAGCAAAUAAGCUCAGUGUUCUGAACAGCGGCUUCUUACUUACCCUAAUCGGAGCUGAAGGGGGCUGGCUUCGAACGUAUGCGCAGAAGAUUGAGACUGGAACUAUUGCAUGCAGCGAUAUGAUGGACAGUAUAAUCGGCACUCUUUGCAACCUAUUCUUGGUCCACAGCAGCUGCAGCGAAGAAGUCAAGGCGAAGAUACUCAACGUUAUGCGCAGGCCUGAACUUGCGCAAACCUUGACGCGACUGUUGAACCGACAAACGUACGGGAAAGAUCCAGCAGAAGCGAAAACCAACGUCGAACGUGAGGAGCUUGAAAGGUGCUACUUGACCACGAAGCGGCGCAUUAUUCGGCUGAUCGGUCUGAUGAUUGGUGCCGGAGUGCUCGGUUGGCCAGAAGAAUUGCUGAAUAUUUUGCAUCACACAAUGGAUCUGCAUCGGUACCCAACCGAGCCUUAUCUUCGGGAGACGCGAGUCGAGCUCGUCCUCUACGUUUAUCGCCUCUACAUUGUUUUGAUGGACCGAAGCGUCAAUGUCCAUGAGGCGAUCUUUGCCAAAUUCAGGAAUCCCGGGAUGAACCCGAUCGCGUUUGCCAAAGAAUACGCUGAUGGUGACCUAGCAUUUCUCAACGGCGCUCUUGAGCUGUGCAAGCGGCUGGUGAAUGAUCGAGAGUUCUUAACCAUGAUGGUCGGCCAUUCUGCGACAAUUCGUGAAUUGGCUACUCACGGAGACUUCACGAUCGCCCAAUCUGCAACGGAGAUCGCCGGAAAACUCGACUCGACCGGUCUACUCGGUGACCCGUUUGCCGACGCUUACACGCGCGCUUACAUGGAA